GGAGCGCGCAGCGAUCGGAGGUGCGCUGUGUCCCUCGGACUCAGCGGAGCACCGACCAACGGAAAGAGCCGAAGAUGUUGGCUCGGUCAUGUGAUCAGCUGUGUCCUAUCACAGCUGGUCACAUCAGUGCCACCUGUCAGUGUUCAUCCACGCCACCUGCCAGUGCCACAUCAGUGCCACAUUUCAGCGCCUACCAGUGCACAUCAAUGCCACAUAUCAGUGCCCACCUGAGUUGCCUUUCAGUGUCACCCAUCAGUGCCAGUCAGUGCCACCUAUCAAUGCCAGUCAUUGCCACAUACCAGUGCUGCCAAUCAGUGCCACCUAUCAGUGCCAGUCAGUGUCGCCUAUCAGCGCCAGUCAGUGCCGCCUAUCAGUGUGCAUCAGUGCCGCCUAUCAGUGCCCGUCAGUGCUGUCUAUCAGUGCCGCCUAACAGUGCCAGCCAGUGCCACCUAACAGUG